GUCUGGGAGGGGGAAGAGGCGGGACCCACUUGGGAGGGAGGCGGAGGUGGGGAGCCGGCUGAGUCUGAGAGCUGGAGACAACCUGGUCUGAGCCUGGAGACGCAGUUGCAGGUUCCGAUCUUUGGGUACUUCAGGAGCUGCUCUCCAGCCCCUGCUUCUGAACCUAUGGAUUCUCCAUCUAGUAUUUCUUCCUACUCUUCCUACUCUCUCCCUUCCUCUUUUUCCAUCUCUCCGGUAAACAGUGACUGUGGCUUCCCCUCCGAUAGUGAUGGGGAAGAAAAAAGGGUCUUUGGCCCCAAGCCAGACACUGUUGAGCAGAGGGGAGGUUCUAGGCCCAGCUCAGGGCCUAUCCGCUGCAGGCAUCGGCCCAAGGUUUCCACUAAUCAACACACAGCAUCUCACUCGGAACAGCAGCGGGGAUUAACUUCUCCUAUGGCAGGAUCUGGGGUCAAAAGAUCAAGAGAUGAUGAAUUGGAGACCAAUCUAAAUACCCAGGGUUGUACCACAGAAGGAGACCUGCUCUUUGCUCAGAAGUGUAAAGAGCUCCAAGGAUUCAUACGUCCCCUCACAGACCUUCUGAAUGGACUAAAGAUGGGCCGCUUUGAGAGAGGCUUGAGCAGUUUCCAGCAGAGUGUGGCAAUGGACAGAAUCCAGCGUAUUAUAGGUAUUCUGCAGAAGCCCCAGAUGGGGAAGCGUUACCUAGGAACCCUGCUUCAGGUAGAAGGGAUGUUAAAGACCUGGUUUCCUCAUAUUACCACCCAGAAGUCACCACUGAGUAGUAGAAAACAUCAGCUGACUAAGCAUUUCCCCAGCCGCCAGAACUACUCUGCUGCUUCCUUUCCUUCACCUCCUGCGGAAAAGACAGACCAGACACCACUAGAACGUUUAGUCUUAAAAUCAAAGCAGCCUUGGACCCUCACCGAGUGGCCAGCUAUGAACCUCACUUGGAUCCAUAGCACUCCAAUCUGCAACCCCCCUUUCGGUGUCCCCGGUACAAUCUCUGUAAACCAUGGCCCUUUGGCCACUGGAACCAGCAUUGGUGUCAUCCUUUUCCUCCAGCAUGGAACACCACUUCUUGCACACUCUGCUCCUGCCACUCCAGUUCCUCCUGCCGCAGCAUCUCCUGCUACCCUUGGUGAUCUUAAAGAACUGUCAGGAGAGGGACCUCGGUGCCACAGUUUGCCAGUAACUCUACCAUCAGACUGGAAUUGUCCUCUCUCCCCUCCUGGGACACUCUCCAAAACCAGGGCACAUCUAGAGCAGAGAAGCCAUCCUGCAGUUGCUCCAGAUGUCCAGUUUCUCAACCAAUAGUCCAGGAUUUGAGACUGUACUUUCUAAUUUGUGUGAAUAUCUCUCUCUCCCUCUAUCUCUGUCUUACUUUUAGUGUGUACAUUUGUGUUGGACAGAAAUCCUUUCUAAUUAAAGAAAUUUUAUACCUAAA